AUGAGAGGAAAAUCAACAGAAGACGCGACAUCCAUCAGCGAUGGCCCCCUCUCCAUUCGGGUAAUCACACACAACAUUCGUUACGCGACUCAAUAUCCGUUCAAAGGCGAAGAGCCUUGGUCAACUCGCUGUCCUCUGCUCUGCUCACAACUUGUCUUCAAUUCGGAGAACCCAGCAACCUUCAUUUGCCUCCAAGAGGUGCUCCACUCGCAGCUUAUGGAUAUCUUAAGCUCACUUAACACGUCCACUGCAACUCAAAGCCAUGAUUCUUGGUCCUACAUAGGGGUUGGUCGCGAUGAUGGGAAGUCGGUAGGAGAGUAUUCUCCAAUUUUAUAUCGCCCGCGGAUCUGGCAUCUCAAACGGUGGGAGACUCGGUGGCUCAGUGAAACACCCACGAUUCCGUCGAAAGGCUUCGACGCUUCGAGUAUCAGGAUAGUUACGAUUGGACAUUUUGUCCAUGUCAAGACAUCUCAGAAUAUUCUCGUCAUGAGCACACACCUAGAUGAUCAAGGACGACAAUCGCGGCGAGAAAGUGCGAAGAUGAUCUUGGAACGCAUUCGAUUCUUCUCAAAUCAUGACCAAUUGUCAACUGUCCUUCUUGGUGGCGACUUUAACAGCCCCCCGGACGAUGAAGCUUAUCAGGUUAUGACAACUUCAGAUUCAAUCAUGGAAGACAUCGGCGCUCAAGUUCCCAAAACCAAGCAUUAUGGCAACGAAAUGACAUUUACCUCAUUUGGUUAUGUGGACAACAAACCAAGCCGAAUCGAUUUCAUCUUCUGCAGGAAAGGGGACCGGGUCACAUACCAGACAUAUGCCGUCCUAGCAAAUCGCUUUGAUGAUGGGAUCUAUCUCUCGGACCAUCGAGCUUGUGUUGCAGAUGUCCUUCUGGAGCCUGGACCGACCUCGUGA